AUGCAGCCGGACUCUCACACACCAGGUUCUCCUCUACCAGCGUCCACGUACGCAGCGGACAUCGGCUACCUGGUGGAUGGCACUCCCAUGGAGACGGCCGGCAACAACUCUGUGAGGGGUGGCGCCACGCCUCCACCAGCACCUCCAGUGGCGGCCGCGGCAUUCGUUGGCUCCAGUGCACCGGCAUCUGCGCCCGCACCAGCACCAGCUGCACCGACACCUGCACCUGCAGUGGCUGCGCCCGGUGCUCCUCGCACUGCCAUGUACGGGAGGAAGUUCGAAUACAGCUUCCAGAAGGAUGCCUUCGCCGACUGCGAGUUCAGCAACGACGUGGGCUAUCUUCCCGACGGCACUCCAAUGAACAAGGCGGGCAAUGCCAUCAACCAUCCGGAGAGUAUUGGUCCGGACAGCCAUGCACCUGGCUCACCGUUGCCCAGGGCCAACUUUGUCAAUUCCAUCGGCUACUUGCCGGAUGGCACUCCCAUGAAUGCAGCUGGCAACGCCAUCAACCACCCGGAGACCAUGCAGCCAGACCUUCACACGCCAGGCUCUCCUCUGCCAGAGUCUGUGUAUGCAGCCGACGUGGGCUAUUUGGUGGAUGGCACUCCCAUGGAGACGGCCGGCAACAACUCUGUGAGGGGUGGCGCCACGCCUCCGCCAGCACCUCCAGUGGCGGCCGCGGCAUUCGUUGGCUCCAGUGCACCAGCAUCUACGCCCGCACCAGCACCAGCUGCACCGACACCUGCACCUGCAGUGGCUGCGCCGGGUGCUCCUCGCACUGCCAUGUACGGGAGGAAGUUUGAAUACAGCUUCCAGAAGGAUGCCUUCGCCGACUGCGAGUUCAGCAACGACGUGGGCUAUCUUCCCGAUGGCACUCCAAUGAACAAGGCGGGCAAUGCCAUCAACCAUCCGGAGAGUAUUGGUCCGGACAGCCAUGCACCUGGCUCACCGUUGCCCAGGGCCAACUUUGUCAAUUCCAUCGGCUACUUGCCGGAUGGCACUCCCAUGAAUGCAGCUGGCAACGCCAUCAACCACCCGGAGACCAUGCAGCCAGACCUUCACACGCCAGGCUCUCCUUUGCCAGAGUCUGUGUAUGCAGCCGACGUGGGCUAUUUGGUGGAUGGCACUCCCCUGGAGACGGCCGGCAACAACUCAGUCAGGGGUGGCGCCGUACCCGCGUCAGCUCCUGCAGCGGCUCCGGCACCCUCUGCCCCGACACCUCAGCCUGUGGUCGCAGCGGCCUUCGUCGGCUCGUCGGCAGGGACCUCAUCCAAAGUCAGGCACGCCGGGAACUUCGCCUACUCCUUCCAGAAGGACUCCUGGGCCGACCUGGAGUUCAGCAACGACAUCGGCUACCUGCCGGACGGCACGCCCAUGAACAAGGCCGGGAAUGCGAUCAACCACCCGGAGAACAUUCAGCCGGACAGCCAUGCUCCGGGAUCUCCGUUGCCUUCCGCCAUCUUCGUGAACGAUGUCGGCUACCUGCCAGACGGCACCCCGCUCAACAAGGCCGGCAACGCCAUCAACCACCCGGAGAACAUCCAGCCGGACCUUCACACUCCCGGUUCGCCGCUGCCUGCCUCCGUCUACGCGCAGGACGUGGGCUACUUGGUGGACGGCACGCCCAUGAGCACUGCCGGCAACCUCUCCGUCCAGCAGUAG